AUGGACAAUGUCAAAGACUCCACCUGGCAAUUUAAGACGAGUCUUCAAAGUGGUGAGCAUCAAUGGGGGUAUCUUAUCAAAAACACACCCGAAGACAUUCGAUUGGAAACACUUAGAGCACGGAACAUGCUCUUUGAGAUCAACAAAGAAUAUUUCAUCACUGAUUUAUGGGACUCGACACCUUCACAGAUAAAGAUAUUUAAGAAACAACGCCUCAUCAAAUCCCCACCGUUUUGUUUGUCGCAGCAGAAGCAAAAAAGAAUGACCCUCCCUCACUACACUAAAACACCUUUAAGAAAUAAAAACAGAGUUGACACAUCAUCACCAGAGCCUUUGGUAGUGCCUCUCUAUCGUGGUGCUCGAUUCAACUGUUUUGAAGAUAUUAUGGCAGACGACAGGCCUUCAUUGCUGCGGAAUAUGACUGUGUUCUCUGUUCUCAAUACUCCUGUUAAUUCUCUUGUUUUUUGUUAA